UAUACAAUUUAUGCCAAACAAAAAAUGUAAAAGUCUUUUUAUUGGACCAUUUUAGAAACUAUUAAAACAUUUUAUACUGCAUUACUAUUAAUUUUCUCAGGUAUUUUAUCUCUUAUAGUAUUAAAACAGAUAAGCUGCAUUCUAUAUCUGUUAUCACUUGUUAUCUAUCGCCGUUGAUUCAUCAGUCGACAAUCAACGCUACACCCAGUUUUUCUUAUCCACUGAAAAGAAGAGUUAUUCUAUAUCCUCUUUAAGUGAAGUUAUAACAAUUUAUCAAUUAAAAUGUAUUCCAAAAAAUUACUGUUCUACCUCGCAAUUGGUUUUCUUAUUAUAGGAAUCUUUGUCGACGAAACAGAAGCAAGACGUAAAAUACUACGCGGUCGUAAAACAAUAACAAGGCAAUAUUACAGAGGUACAGCUAUACCUGCAUGGUCGAUAGUACUACUAUGUGGGAUUAGUAUGUUGCUCAUAGGCGGUGGUCUUUAUGUUUUACUACAAAAGUUUGUAGUUGAUCCAGCUGACGCAUCAAAAAGCCAUUCAUAUCAACCAGCAUUACAAAACGAAGCAUAAUUUUUAAUAAAUUAUUAUAAUUAUUUGUUUU